UUUAAAUAAUUAAAAACAAUGUCUUCGUAUUUAGAAGCUGAAAUUUCAGCAACGGUUAACGCGUUAGGUUGUGUCGAUGCAAACGGAGAAUAUCAAGCAGAUGUUCAAGUAAUUGAAUCGGUUAAAGAUUUAAUUCGAUUUUUACGUCGGGAUGAUACAAAUCAUGAAAUUCGUCGUAUGUUGGGACAAUGUAAUGUUUUAACAACUGAUUUAUUACCAAUGUCAAAAAAAUAUUCAGAAAAUGUUGAGUUAUUUGAUGUAUUAUUAAGGUUACUGGUCAAUUUAACGAGUCCAGCAUUAUUAUUGUACAAUGAAGAAUUGCCAACUGAUAAAACAACCAGAAAUCAUUUUUUACAAUUGAUUGGUCAUCUACAAACAUAUAAACUAGCGUUUGUUGAUUCAACAGUAUGGGCUGUUCUAAGUACACGUCUUUCAAAACUUUUAGAUAUUGAAUGGCAAGAACGUACAGAAGAAAUGGGUAUAAUUAUUGAACGUAUCUUGAUUCUUGUCAGAAAUAUACUGCAAAUACCAGCUGAUCCAGAAGCAGAGAAACGACCAGAUAAUGAUGCCAGUGUACACGAUCAAAUAUUAUGGGCCCUACAUCAAAGUGGUAUGGUCGAUAUUUUCUUAUACAUAGCAACAUCUGAAAACGAACAAUUAUAUUACAUGCAUAUAUUGGAAAUAACAUCGUUAAUGUUACGUGAACAAUCCGCUGAGAGUUUAGCUAGUUCAGUGAUGACACGUAGUAUUGCUGAAAAGGAAAAGGAUGAAAUUGAAUUGAUCACAGCGAAAAAGAAGGAACAAAUUGAAAAACAACAUAAACUUAAAGUAUAUAAUGGUGCCAGACAUUCCCGUUUUGGUGGUACAUAUGUUGUAAAAAAUAUGAAAUCAAUAUCAAAUGAAAAUGAUAUUAUAUUUCAUAAACCAUUCCAUCAAUUAAGUAAAUUAAAUUUCGAUAAUGAAAAGAACCCGUAUCGUAAACCAAAGAAUAAGCGUCCAUUACACGAUGACACAACAAAUCAACGUCGUUCUGCGUUCUCAAUACGACUAUUUUUAAAGGAAUAUUGUAUUGAAUUCUUGAAUGGUGCUUACAACACGUUAAUGUAUAAUGUUAAGGAUCGUUUGGUGCGAGCCAAGUCACAGAAUAACGACGAAACGUAUUAUUUAUGGGCAAUUCGAUUUUUUAUGGAGUUUAACAGAUAUUAUAAAUUUCAAGUGAAAUUGGUCAGUGAAACAAUGUCUGUAUCAACAUUCCAUUUCAUCCAACAACAAAUGGAUCAAUAUUACGAAAUGAUCAAAAUGGAUAAGAAGAAAUUUAUGGUCUGGUCAAGACGUUUACAUCUUGGUCUACGUGCUUAUCGUGAACUAUUAUACACAUUAAUCGCCAUGGAUAAAUCGUCGGAUCAAACUGUACGACAUUCAUCACAAGUUAUUAAAAGUAACAUAUUUUAUGUGAUUGAAUAUUCUGAAACUGUGUUGAAUUUAAUGACGAAUUAUGAUGAGUUGAAGAUGUCACGAGCGUAUUUGAAAGAUUUGAUUGAAACACAGCAUGUCUUCUUAAAAAUGUUGGAACAUUUUUGUAAAACUGAUAAAUUGAUUGUACAAAAACCAGUUCGAACAAAAUCGAAAAAGAAAAAAUCAAAAUCAAAGGCUGUAAAAUCAUCACAACCAACAAUUAUGGAUAUACAUGGUCAAUGGGAUGAUGUUGCCACUCAAAUAUCUGUGGUUCUAGAAAAUGAUGGUGCUAUACCCAAAGAUAUAGUACCGUUCGAUGCAGCAUCCGAUGUACCAAUCGAUGACCAAAAAGCAGAGGCGAUGUAUAAGAUACAAAGGUUGCUACGGCAACACGAAUAUGAACAAGCAAUCGGUUUUCUUCGAGCUGCUCGAGAAGCAUGGCCAGAAAAUAAUGAUUUUGGUACACCAGACAUGUCUAAAGAUGAAGAAUUCGCUGCUAUCAAAGAAAUAUUCCUGGCUGAUAUUCAAGAUGAAUCGAACUUUGAAAAUACUCCUACCAACGAAAUGGAGGAAGAAGAAUCCGAUGAUGGAAAUGAGGAAGAAGAUGAUGAUGAAGAAUCCGGUCCAAAAAUGAAAGAAUGCAAUUUUAAUUUUACUGAAUUUGUAAAUAGAUUUGCACGUCCAAAAGUGAUUGAAGCCUGUGGAUUAGCAUUAAAACAAUUUGACACAAAUACUGAAUAUACAAAUCAUUGCAUUGUUAAAUUGUUACAUCGAAUUGCAUUUGAUUGUAAAAUGCCAACGAUGUUAUUUCAAGCAACAAUAUUUCGAACAUUUCAACGUAUUUUAGAUAAUCCAUCAAGUAAACAUAAGGAAUUAGCAAAAUUUGCCAUAUUUAUAAUUCGAAAAUUUGUUGAAGUAGCACAACAAAAUCCAAAAGUGUUCAUGGAAAUGCUAUUUUGGAAAAAUUCCCGAGAAGCGUACGAAAUUGAGGAAGGUUAUGGAAAUUACCAACAAAAAUCUGAAGCUGCAAAGAAAGCAUGGACUGAAGAGCAAGAAGAUGAAUUACGCCGAUUGUAUGAGGAAUAUCAAGCGAAAAAUAUUGAAAUGAAUGCAUCUGAAUGGAUUACAGCUAAUUUGAUAGAAAAUACUAGAUCACAAAAAGCGGUUACAAGGAAACUAAAAGAAUUGGGAUUGUUGACAUCAAAACCAACAUUGAUGACAAAAUGGACCAAUGAUGAUGAAGAGGAACUCCGGGAUCUUUUUGAACAAUUCAGAGAUUCUGAUGAUGUUGUUGAAAAUAUUGUCAAUCGUAUAUCUACUGAUCGUUCUAAACGAAACAUUACACAGAAAUUAUUGUCAUUGUCGUUAAUUAACGAUACAAAAGAAUUAAAGAAGAAAACAAAGAAGGCGCGUAAUGCCCGCAAUAAUCAAUCUGGUAGUAGCGAUGAAGAUAGCGAUAACAAUGCUGGCCCGUCAACUCACAAAUCACGAUCCACUAAUAAUAAAAAAACUUCUUCGAAAAAGAACACCAAAAAAACGAAGAAAGAUGGCGCAGCAUCUAAAAUAGAAUCUAUUCAAAUACUGCUUAGCAUCGUUGAAGAAAUGCAAGAACCGUUGAAAUGGCUACAAGAAAGUAUAUCCGAUACGGCUGAUGAUCAGGAAGCUGACGCUGAUGAAGAUGGCGUACCUUUAGUUCCUAUAACUGAAGAAGAGUCUACCGCAAUGGAAAAUGAAACGUUUGUAAAAUUAUUAAAGGCGAUGGGUUUUCAAGAACCCGAUGGAGUCCAAGAAAAUUACUGGCGUAUACCAGGGCGAUUUACUGCCGAUGAAUUACGUGAAAAAAGUCAGUUAAUUACCGAUGCCUUAGAAGGUACUUUAGAAAUUCCAAAUGAUAAUGUACCAGAAGAAAUUCAAAAUGAAAACAAUCAAAGAUACGCGGAAUCUUCAUCAGAUGAUGAAGAUGUUUUUGAAAGAGUUAAAAAAUUCAUGAAAAAUUCGGAUGAUGAAGAUGAACUUGUUCUAACGAAAAAAGAUAAGUCCAAGAAGAAAAUGUCUAAAAAAGAAUUUACUCAACCGGAGGAAACAAACGAUUUACUAAACGAAGCAGAUGCUUUAUUGCGACAAGCUGUUGAUGAGAGUGAAUUAGUAGAAAAUUCUCAGGAUAUACAUCCGAAGAAAAAAUCAAGGAUUGUUGUUUCAAAUGACACAGAUUCCGAAAAUGAUGAAACUAAUAUCGAAUCGAAUGAUGAUCCCUUUGAUUUAUUAAUUGAAUCUACGAAAAAUGAUAAAACAAAAACAAGUAAAAUUCUUGAUAGUGAUGAUGAAAGUGAAACGAAAACGAAAAGUAAGCCCAGUAGAAGUAAAAUUGUUGAUAGCGAUGAUGAAAAUGAAACAGUUAAGAAAAGUAAAUCGAAAAUAAUUUCUGAUGAUGAAUCCGAUGAUGAAAUUAAGAAAAAUAAACCCAGUAGUAGUAAAAUUAUUGACAGCGAUGAUGAAAAUGAAACGAUUACUAAAAGUAAAUCGAAAAUAGUUUCCGAUGAGGAAUCUGAUAAUGAAUCUACAAUAAAUAAGUCUAAACGUAGUAAAAUUGUUGAUAGCGAUGAUGAAAAUGAAACAAAUACUAUCAGUAAGAGUAAAUCGAAAAUAAUUUCUGAUUAUGAAUCCGAUAAUACUGAAAAAGUGGAAAAUGAUGAAAAUAAUAAAAGAAUUCGAUCAAUUGAUGAUAGUGAUUCCGAAUCGAAUGUACCGAAAACAAAACGGGCAAAAGUCAUCAUAAGCGAUGAUGAAGACUGAUUUCGCCUUUUUUCGUUUUUAUUUAUUAUUAAUUUUAAAGUAAUAAUUCUUUUUUCGUAAUUUUUAUAAAGUAGUUAUUCUAGCGUGAACGAGAAGGGUAUCGAGAUGUUUCAAUUGUUUUUUUUCUCUAAUAUUUAAUAUUGUUUAUGGAAAAUUUGUUUUUUUCAAUUUUAUUAAAAUGGAAGUCAGUUAUUUUAUUCCAUGUAUCUGCAGAAAUGAUAACUAACAAAGUAUUUGUAAAUAUAGAUUUUAAUAAAUGAAAGAAGUUAGGUUUAAUUCGAAAGAUAUCAGUAGAAGCGGACUUUAUCUUAGAAAAUUUCCUGCUUUUUAUAUCCUUUUUUAAACUGUUUACAACUUUAAACCACAAUCUCUUCAUUUGUGCCCGAAAAGUUUCUAAGCAUAAUUUAGAAUCAAAUGACACCUUUAUCAUAAUUUACUGAAAACUAGGUACGGUUCUUCCUAAAAUGGUGGUUGUUGGCUAGACUCUUUGCAAAAUAUUGUGUUUCAUAUAAAACAUAAAUAAAACGAGUCCUUAAAAUUAUAAAACCAUAAAAAAUUUUCUAUGAUAUUCCUAAUGCAGUAUUAUUUGAGACCAGAAU